GGAAAAGGAUCCAUUAUCACUGAACAAGAACUAAUAGCUGCCAACAUGAAGAGCAGGCGAGAAUUCAAUCUGGUUUUCAAGAUGUUGAUAUGGGUUGUGUUCUCUUCUCUUUUAGUCAUGGUAUGUGAGGGAGGUCAGUUGCUGAAAUCUCAAUUCUUCUUCAACUUCAUUCAAGCUGUUGAUCCUGAAAAUAUACUUGGGAUUGGCUGGAAUGGGUCGCUGCCACAUCCAUGUAUGCUUCAGAGGAAGGGUGUGAAAUGCAAUUCUCAGGCCGAGGCCAUAGUAGACAUAAGGCUUGAGAACUUGAACCUUAGUGGGAUAAUUGAUGCAGACUCCCUUUGCAAGCUCCCAUUUCUGAGAGUUGUCAGCUUGGCAAAGAAUCUCAUCCGGGGAAGCAUUCCCGAGUCCAUAUCACUCUGCACAAGCUUGACUUAUUUGAAUCUGAGCAGCAAUCUUUUGAAUGGGAGUGUGCCUGGGGCUCUGACUGGUAUGAAGAAUCUCAGGAGCUUGGACAUCUCUCACAAUCAUCUUCUGGGAAAAAUCCCCGAUUUCGACAAGCAUCUGUAUAAGUUUUCCCUGAAAUCAAAUGAAUUCCUGGUGAAUGAAACCAGGAGCUUGGUGACCAUGAGCCAAGAACCAAGCCCAGAGCCAGAGACUUCAGAGGCUAGACAUGGAAAGGGGAUUAGAAUUUGGGCAAGCUAUGCACCAGUAGUUGUCUGCAUUGGAUUCUUCUUCUUGUUUGCAUUUUUUGUGAACAAGAAGGCUGUAAGAUCAGCAAAGGAGAAGGAGAUUCUGAAAUCACUUGGAGCAUCUCCUCUGAAAAGUCCUAGAACCAAGACUACAGAUGAAGUGAAGCCAGAAAAAGCAUGCUCAGAGCUUGUGUUCUUUGUUGGGGAGCAUGCAAGGUUUAGACUAGAAGAUCUGCUAGAGUCUGCAGCAGACUUACGAAGCCAGAGCCUUUGCAGCAGCCUAUACAAGGUAACACUUAAGAAUGAUGCAGUUUAUGCUGUCAAGAGAGUGAGGAAGUUGCAGGGAUGCUUUGAGGAGUUCGGUCAAACAAUGAGGCGGAUCGGGAACUUGAGGCAUCCAAACAUUCUACCCCUUGUCUGUUACAAUUCCUCCAAGGAAGAAAAACUUCUGAUAUACAAUUACCAAAGAAAUGGGAGCCUCCAAACCCUUCUUGAGAAUUAUAUUAAGGGAAAGAGGGAGUUCCCAUGGAGGCAUCGGCUGUCCAUAGCCUGUGGGAUUGCGCGGGGUUUGGACUUCAUACAUCAGAAGACUGAUCACUGGGAGAGCAUCCCUCACGGGGGUAUCAAACUUUCAAACAUCCUGUUGAAUGAAAACGAGGAACCUUUAAUAAGCGAAUAUGGAUAUUCAAAAUUCCUAGACCCCAAGACAGCUUCCCUCUACUCCUCCAAUGGUUACACAGCUCCAGAGAGAGGUUUAUCAGAAGCGGGAGAUGUGUUCAGCUUUGGGGUGAUUCUCCUAGAGUUGCUAACAGGAAAAACUGUGGAAAAGAGUGCAUUAGACCUCCCCAAAUGGGUGAAGUCCAUGGUGAGGGAGGAAUGGACUGGAGAGGUCUUUGACAAGGAGGUUAACAGGGCAGCAAAGCAGUGGGCAUUUCCAAUGCUGAACAUCUCCCUCAAGUGUGUGGCACAUUUCCCUGAAAACCGGCCAUCUGUAGCAGAAGUCCUGGAGAAGAUAGAGGAGGUGGUGAAUGCCCAGGGAGACAAUGAUGCCUCACCCGAUUCUUCCAUUGAAUCCAACUACCAAGAUGGCUGUUUGCUUCACACUGUCAUACCAGAAACCUGGGACACACCAGGCUCUAAUAGCUGAAACAUAUAUGCACUACAUCUAUUUUUUCUUUUUUUUCUUUUUUUUUUUAUGUUCUUUUUCCCUCUGUUUCAGAAUAACUUUAGCUUAUCCUCCACCACAGAAUUUUGAGUUUCAAUAAAAUCUUUCUGAGCCCAUACUGUGAGCAUAAA